AAGCGUUGGAGGGUAUUCUUAACGUUGAUGACCCCUGAAGCUAAUACUUAAAAAUUUUUUGUGUUUUAUAAUUUCUACCAAAUGGCAUAUGCUCAACAAGUGAGACCUUCACAGGCUGCUCAGGCACUCCCUGAUGAGGUUGCCUCUGAGGAACAGUCGCUUAUUGCUGUAAAGAGACUUCUGGCCAUCGCUGUGUCUGGCAUCACAUACCUCAGGGGCAUAUUCCCAGGGAGAGCCUAUGGAAGCAAAUAUGUCGAAGAUCAGAAAGUGAUGAUCCUGAAAGGGGACCUUGACUGUCCUGGAACUUCUCAGAUACAUCAGUGGAUGCAGGGUUGCUUUGAUGCCAUCCAGAAGAAAUAUCUGCGAGCGGCCAUAAUGUCUAUCUAUACUGACCCAAGCAACCCUCAGAAAGUGACUGAGUAUUACCAGUUUAAGAUCCAGUACACUACAGAAGGAACACAAGUGGAUUUCGAAAGCACAAACAACAACCAGAAGUUGUCAACGACGUCUUUCGGAAACACGAGGAAAGCGAGCAUCUUGCUGGUGAGGAAGCUUUACACCCUGAUGCAGAGUCUGGGUCCUCUGCCAGACAAUGUCUGCCUCAACAUGAAGCUGGCUUACUAUGACGAAGUCACUCCUCAGGACUACCAGCCUCCAGGCUUCAGAGAGGCUGUAGGAAACACAAUAGAGUUUGUGCAGGAACCAGUCAAACUGACAAUGGGCAAAGUUGCCACGCCCUACCAUUGUGUGAAGUUCGACAUGGCCACAGAGAGACACAGACUGGAGCAGGUGGAAGAGAGUGCUUCUGUGAAGGAGAAAUGGAUUGUGAAGAUAGAAGAACAAGUAGACGAACCACUGAGUCCUGAGUUGGAACAAGUGGAGGAGGUGGAGAACUACGCUACAGACGUCGAUAUCACCGAGAUCCAGAUGAACAUCCAUGAGAAGAAUGAGAGAAGUGCAGAAGUCCCAGAGAUUAUGAUAGUGGAAGCCUCAGACAUGGAGUUGGGUGUGAAGAGAACCAGGAGUGGACGGAUAAUCAAGUCCAUUACGGAGACAAAUGUGACUGUGAAGAAUACGCAGCCAACAGCAGCAAAAGAAAAGACAGUUUCUCAGUAUGACGUCCUCAGCAGCCAGGAAUCAUCAUCUGCCUCCGCAGCCGUAAAGAAGCGCAAGUUCAGCGAGCCUAGACAUCACUAUUGAGUUCUGACCUCAGUGCAACUGAAGCACUUUGUUGAUUUAAAGUCAUGUUUUUCAUUUCUGUGAUGAGUUGUGCAGUUAGUUUUUUUUAAAGAAAAGAACACUGAUCUGUUUAGGAACAUGUUUUAGAAGCAUUUUGAAGUUAAGACUACAACAGUUAAAGUAUUUGUUUUGACUGUCAUAUGUGUUGCAUCCAUGAUUAUUUACCAACAAAGCUGUGCAGCAGCCACUUUAUAAGAACUGUGUGUUUAAUUAUUAAAGCAACAAAUAAUUCUGUGUAGAAUUGAGCUACAAAUUUUAAUAAAAUGUAAAAGUGUUAUAUAAAGAUGCUUUACUUUGUUU